GGGAAUUUGUCACGUGGAAUUUCAAAAAGCACAAAACUGACCCACUGGGCCACCGAAAGCCUUUGCCACCCGAUUUCUCACUUUCCAUUUCCUUCCGUAACGCAAUGUCCCAAAAACUCAGAAAAAGCACCGUAUUCAUCCGAUAAAUUAUUCACGCCAACCAAUCUAGGGUUUUGUAGAAUAAUUCUUGAACUUCAUUUUUACGAAUGGCAAAGAAGAGGAAAUCCGAUGCGACGCGUCUAGAUGAGGUGGAUCGAACCAUGUACUCUACCUUCUGCAGCGCUGCCAACUCCCUCUCCCAGCUUUACACCCAGGCCAUGCACCACCAGCGCCUCUCCUUUCAGGCCGGUGAACGCCAGGGGCUGGAGAAACUUUAUAAUUGGAUUUCAAGGCAACAAGAAGAUGGGGCUAGAGUGACUACCGGAGAUAUUUGUGCUUAUAUUCAGAAUGAGCUCAGUUAUGGAAUGGAAGAACCCCCGUCCUCCCCAAGAUUGCAAUUCCAGCAGCAACAACAGUCUCAAACUGCAAUGCAGUCUGCUCACACAGGAUUUCAAGUAUGUCCUAAUUCAUUUGGUCCUGCAACUGUUGGGCAAGGACUCCGUUCCGGGAACUCUAUUUCCUCAAAUGCUCUCUCCAGUCCUGUUAAUCGGAGCCUCCAGCACCAUCACUUGAUGCAGGGAGGUUACUAUGUAAAUACCAUUACUCGCAAUAACGAGAACAGUAUUUAUCCAAGCAGGGAUCCUAAUCCUCCAGGCUCCAAUGACACUUCAAUGGACAUGCAACCAUGAUUCUUCUAAUUAAGAUUACAGCGUUGUCAGGAAUCUGAGUCUGUCAUUGCUAAUGCAAAAGAUAAGUAGAAAAGUCAUUGUAACAAGAUAAUAGUUUGAAGGUUCUUGAAAUGUAGAGAGCUUUGUUAUACUCAGUGAGAGAUGCAAGUGAGCUUUAAGAUCUCCCUUCUGAUAUAUUAUAUGGUUAAAGGACAGUUUAGCUUAAUGUAUUGGUGCAUAUUGUUUGUGGUUUCUUUAUGUCGAUAUUCAUCUAGAGUUACCCUUUAUUUUCUUGUGCUCGAUUCGAUAUCAAAGAUAUUUUGUUUA